CAGGCCUCUCUUGGCGCAAGUACAGCGCAAGCGAGGGCGUGCUCACACACCGUGGUCUGCGCUCCCGGGGAAAGGAGCCUUGGGAGAACCCAGCUUUCCCACGUGUGUAUAGGGACUGCCCUGCCGAGAGGGGACAGAGGCCUCGAGUGAAGGUGUUAACGUGGCUGCGUUCACAGAACCGUUAGAUCACUGAGACCUCAGGAUUGUUUGUGGUGUCCACUGCAUGUAGAGAUCCAGCACAAAAUCACUGGUGGAUGGCUCAUCCCAGAGGAAUCUCAGAAUGAGAAAAUAGAUUGUAAAAGAGCAUAAAAUUUAGAUAAGGUGGAGGAAGGUGACUUUAUUAGCUUUGUAACUGCAUGGAUUGCUAAUUCUAAAGGACCUGUUGGGAAUAAAGACUUUGCAGUUGGGCUGUUCCCUGGCCUUCCUGUGUCCAGCAAAGGAGCCCUAGGAGGCAGAGCUCUGGCUUCCCAGAAUGUAAAAUUCAGGUGCAUGUGUGUGGCAUUAAAGCACCACGAGUUACACGGAGCAGUAGCUGUCUGUCUGUAAAUGAUGUCACUUGACAUGGAGUAAGGUGCCCUAGUAAAUUAACAACUUUACUACUUACUGGAAUGGCCAGGAAAGAGUGUUUGACGUUCAUGCAGUUCUGCAAAGAAGUAGGCUUAAAUGAUUUUAGGUACUGAUGAUUCCUAGUACAGGGAGGAGUUUGACAUCUUUGACCCAAAAAGUCCCUUGGAAUUUGCAAAGUAGGUCAUUUAGUAGUGGACCUGUUACACGAACCAGAAAAUUGGCAGAGGUCACUUGCCAUUCCUAAGCUGUCGUAUUUUUCCUGGUGUUCUCUACAUCUGCAGAAUUGCCUAUUGAAGCAAUUUCUAUUAGCAACAGCACUCCCAAAACAAGUAGCUGUAAUUAGCACUUUAAGGAACAGUUACAGCUGUUUCUGCAUAUAUUAAAAUAAUAAUUAUACAGCAGAAAUUUUAAAAAAUAAAAGGUCUUCUUUUUGUGUGCUGUGUAAGUGGGCUUAUUUUUAAUUAGCUAGAAAAGCUAGUAAUUCCUUGAGUAGUUUGAUACUACAUAAAUGAAUUAAAGCAAAUCCUAAAUCACCUGCUCAAGCUUUACUGACCUCUUAGUGGUUAUUAAAUAAUUAUUAUUUAUCAGUAAUAGCCUGAAAGAGUAGUUUCAUGCCAAAAUAGCAUGUAAAAUAUUGCAUUCCUAGCAAACUUUAAUUUUAAAUAGCUCUAGUGUUUUAAUAAUUUAGUUGAAACUGUAAUUUUCUGGGAGAUGAAAUGAUCUAACUAUGCUGUGAAGAUGUCUUACAUCUAUUUAAGAUGAGUUAAAAUCAAGUACUGAAUAGUUAAGUCACAUUUGACUCUUUAAUUAGCAAUAGUAAAUGAAGACAAAUAGGUCCAUAAUUAAACUUAAUUUUAACUUCCCAUGUAUCAGAAUCAGAAAUGUUGCUGUAAAUUUAUUUUUCUGGGCAAAUUUGACAGAAAUAAAUGCUAAAUAUUUCUAAAAUAAUUUCCCUUUUAUAGAUUUUGUACAUCUAUUUUUAUAGGCUUGAAGUAGUUAAGUAGUGUUUUUAGCAGUUAAACUAUGAAAUAUUCCCAUGAAUUUUAGGUAUUUUUAAAAUUGUAAAGAAAAAGUAAAAUCCUUUUCUUGGCAUCUGCUAAUAUUUAUUAUUGUGCUUUUUGCAUAAACCACUUUAUUUAUACUCAAACUUACACAGCAGUCAAAAAUGUCAGAAAGACCUCAAAUUCAUAUUUUUGUGGGAGCCCCCAGUAUUCCGAGGCCACGGGAGGGGUCAGAGCAAAGCUCAGCCCCUGCUGGUGAGCAGUGGAGGGAGCUGCGCUUUUUGUGUAACCCUGGGUUUGUUCCUGGGACGCUCCGGGGUGCUGCUGCCCCCUCUGUGCCCCAGGCAGAGAGCUCCACACCCACAGGGGUCCCUUCCAGUGGGGACAGAGCUCAGCAGGGCAGGUUCAUGGCAAGGGAAGGAAAAGAUUUGCCAUCUCCUGCCCCUGUGGCACUGACUUGUACCAGCACGCCUAAAAAGAGCACGAGUUUAACUUGCUCUGAUUGUGAAGAAUCCAAAGAUACAUUUGCACCUGCAAAUGUAGAUCAGGCUGCAGAUGAACACCUGCCCCAGGGCUGUGCAGAAUCAGCUGGACAAGAGAAACCAUCAGGUGCCUGCUGCCCAGAGCUCACUGAGAGAAAAGCCCCUCCUUCAGAAAUUAGCAGCUCUGACAUUUCUGCUUUGGUUGCCAGCACUGAGCAGGUCAGCAUCCAUCUACGGUCUGUGGGACUUCAGGCAGCUCGCAGAAGUGAGUGUCAUGAACAUCUAAGUCCAUGUAUGGAUGUGUUUUUCCAAAAAAGUCAGGAGUCCAAACCAAAAGAACCAAAUGACUGUGCAGACUUUGCAGUGUCAGCAGACACAGAGUUUCGUAGUGUAGUGACUUUGAGUCAGGUGGCUGUUUUUGCACAGAAUGAGAUGCAGGAAAGUAUUGUAAAACUAUCAGAAACAGAAGCAGGCAAAAAAGCUGAGGAAGGACAGUAUGAUCACUUCCAAUGUGAUUCUGGUGUUGGAACAUGUACUACUGCUGUGACUGGAAAUGAAUAUGAGGAAGAGGAUGCAAGUUCUCUUGAACUUUUUAGUUCUGAGGAUGAUGGGGAAAAUGUUUCAAUUAAAGCUAUAAAACAGGAAGAAAGUGCUCAGGAAAAUGCAGAAAAGUUUCAAGAACUUAAUGUUCCUGCUGAGCAACUUGUAAAUGGAAUCCAUAUUGAGCCGUUGAGCUCUGGAAUACGGUGCUCUCAAGGGAACUGUUCUCACAAGAACUCUUCUAAAAGACCCCUCAAGCAUGAAGAUUCCUCUCAUCUCUCUCACUCAGCAUUUAAAAGACAGCUGAAAUCCAAGAGAGCUAAACUGAAUUCUUCUCCACCUGGUUCCGGGGUGAGAGUGGAUCCAGACGGGAUGGCAGAGUUCAAGAAACUCCAAAAGAAACUAUCACUGCUUAAGAAUUGCUGCAGCAAAAAUCAAAAGUACAAUAUUUUGGUCACAGUUGUACAUCCUUGUCAUAUCAAAGAGAUACAGAAGAAGACUAAACCAAAAUCUUCAUGUAAAGUUCCUGUGGCAACAAUUGUUGUUAUUGACCAGUCAGAAAUUGAGAGAAAGGUGGUGCUGUGGCGUGGUGCUGCAUUUUGGUCCCUUACUGUGUUUCCUGGGGAUAUCAUACUGCUUACAGAUAUAAUAAUGUAUGAGAAUCCUUGGUGUGGAGAGGUCAUGCUUCAGUCAACAUUUACCAGUCAGUUACUGAAUCUGGGGAACUGCUCAGCUCUCAAUACAGAAAAAGUUUAUCCUCUUGUGGAUGAUGGUGUUCUCCAUGGCUUAUUGGCAUACAUAUCAUCAGAAUUUCCACACUUCAGAGACAUUCCACAAAGACAAGUUCAGAGACUGGAUGAUGUUGAGUAUGUGCAGCUAGAUCAGCUCCAGCCAAGUACUUUGGUGCACUCAGUCCUGAAAAUUAUCAAUAUUUCUGUGUUAACAGAAUCUGUGUACAGCUACAGAGGUGGCAGCCAAAAAAAAAUUUUUCUAACAGUAGAACAGAACAGAGAUCAACACUAUAGGAUGGUUCUGUGGGGAUCAGGGGCUGCCUGGUACCCCCAGCUUCAGAGGAAAAAAGGAGUGGUUCAGGUGAAAGCCCAUAUCUUGGAAUUGAAGUUUACCAUUUCCACUGGGCAGUACAAGCAACUCGUCUUCUCUGCUGACACUUCACUGGAAUGUGUUUUGGCUUCUCUGCCUAUGAUUACGUAUUCAGGUUGUGCCAAAUGUGGUUUGGAACUACAGGCAGAUGAGAACAUGAUCUAUAAGCAAUGUGUUAGAUGUUUGCCAUACAGCAAAGUAAAAACAUUCUACAGACCUGCUUUGAUGACUGUAGAAGAUGAAGGAUACGAAAUUUAUGUUCAUGUGGUGUCUGAGCUGGUGGAAAAAAUCUUCCUAAAUAUUCCUGCAGACUGGCUGAAGAGAUUAGUAGUGCCCUCUUCAGAUAUAACCUACAGCACAAUAGUAGCAGAUCUGUGUCAUUCACUGCUGGCAGAUACAGAAGCAUCCUAUUUGCUGGAAAUCAGAAGCCACUUCGUGCUAGAUGAAAACAGCUAUCCUUUGCAAAAGGAUUUCCAUCUGCUGAAUUUUCAUCCUGAACUUUGACCUCUGCACUAACUGAGUAACAAGGACUAUAAGGACAUAUAGAUGGGAAGCAAAAGAAAAAUUACUCAGCUGAAGGAAGCAAAUCUCUUAUAAAAUUAUAAUAAAGGAUUUUGGUUUUAACUUAUGAAAAAAGCAAAACUAUCAAAAGGACUGGUAUGGAAUAUCUGCUAAUGGUAUAUACUGCUGGAAUAAUACUGGUGAAUUUUCAUAAAGUAUAUUUUUAUACAUGUAUUUUUAUUUUAAUAAUUAUGUGAAUAAAUGCCAACAAUUUAA